AUGAGAGAUCUCAGGUACACUGCACUGCUGGCUUUCCUGCUGUUCAUGAUUUCAUCUGGUUACUGCAAAGAGAGAAUUGACUCACGGAACCUCAGUGAAAAAAGCCUUCUGAAUUUUAUUAUGAAAAUCAUCAGAGACUUAAAGAAAUAUAACUUAGAGGAAACAAAGAUAAUGCAGUAUGUAUCUAAACAAACUGAUUAUAGCAUGGAAGAAAAGGAGGACCGUGAUUAUAAGUUAUAUCAAGAUGAACAGAGGAUAGAAAUAUUUCCUCGAGAUCUCAGGAUGAAAGACAAAUUUUUAAAACACUUAACAGGUCCUCUUUACUAUAGUGCAAAAUGCAGUAGAUAUUUUCACAGACUCUAUCAUUCUACUAAAGACUGCACCAUUCCUGCAUAUUAUAAAAGAUGUGCAAGACUUCUUACGAGAUUGGCAGUAAGUCCGGUGUGCAUGGAUGGAUAAAAAUCUGAUUACAGCAAAGACCAUAAAGAUACUGAAACCCAAGAACUAUAAGAAGUGCCUUGGAACUCAACAGGGAAACGUUUAAUAUGUUUAUAGCAUAUUUCAUUGUGAACAAAAAAGAUUUAUUUUUGCAUAUUGACAGAAUACUGUACUUCCACAAUUCUCUAACAUACAU